GUUAGAUAAACUUCUUCAAGUCUGAACUAAACGUGAACCUAGGUUUUCAUAUCAUACACUGGCUCUGAUUUGACUCUCCAACCUUAUGUACCAAUGGCGCCGAGUCCAACCUACAUGGCGACGUUGCCAGUCGGCAACUCAACAUCUGCGUUCUGGCAGUCCAAACCAGAUCCAGUCAUGAGCAAUCACCAGUUCCAUGAAAUUCCGUCCUCAGCAGAUGUUGUCAUCAUCGGAGCUGGCAUUUCGGGGGCCUUUAUUGCCCAUCGGCUGCUCACAGAUCAGUCGCCCAACAGACCGAAGUCUGUGUUGAUGCUCGAAGCCCGAGCCGCGGUCAGCGGAGCUACAGGUAGAAAUGGUGGACAUAUCAAACCCGAUUGCUACCGGGGGUUCACUGCAUACUCCAAGCUACAUGGCUCGAAUGUAGCUGUGGCGCAAUGCACGUUUGAAGCAGCCAACCAUCAAGAAACAACAUCUUUUAUCAGAGAAAACGGCUUGGAAGAAGAGAUUGAACUCGUCGAGUAUCGGUCUGCGGAUGUGUACCUGACGGAAAACACCUGGAAAGCCGGAUUGGCAUCCUACAACGGCUUCAAGGAAGCAGGUGGUGACGUCUCCGAAAUUACUGUCUUGUCAAAGGCCGAAGCCGAAGAAACACUUCGCAUAACAAGCUGCUUUGGCGCCAUCACGUUUCCCGCUUCAAGUCUUUGGCCGUAUAAGCUGGCAGUCGCCAUGAUACGAAAAUCUCUUGAGGUUGGCCUUCAGCUUGAGACUAACACCCCAGUGCUGGAAGUUUCUCAAGCCGACGGUGACUCUGGUAGUUGGACCAUCAUAACUAAUCGCGGUAACAUCACUGCCAACAAGGUGAUACACGCCACCAAUGGGUAUGCCUCCCAUCUACUGCCAGAACUCGAUGGGCGCAUCAUUCCCUUGAAGGGUCACGUUGCUGCCAUCGCGCCUCCGCCCGCAUAUGUCGACUUGCCGCUGUCUACUUCCUUUGCUUUCGUGUCCGAUGAUAAUUACGACUAUCUCGUUCAGCGUCCCGGGUCACAAAAGUUCCUGAUCUGGGGCGGAGGAGAAGGCGCACAUCCGAACGGGCCUGAGGGCGGCUAUGGAGACUGUGAUGACUCCUUUACUGUUCCUGAGGUGCUUGACUUCAUCAAAGAAGGUCCAUCUCGGAAUUUCAAGGGCUGGAAAGAUUCUAUCGAUAGUCCAACUUCCGAGGUCAAAGAUCCUGUUCCAUUCGCUUGGAGCGGGAUCAUGGGGCUCAGCAAGGACCUCUUGCCUUUCAUAGGAGAGCUACCUGGAAAGCCUGACCAGUAUCUCAUCGGCGGCUAUCACGGUCACGGUAUGUUACAUACGUCUUUUCAAUGUUCCUGAGCUCCUGGUUUCGAGACAAUCGUGUUGAGAAAAAUGGAGUUGCCUCUUUUCAAGCGAUCAUACCCCCGCCUGCGAUUGCAUGCUGACGAAGCAUCAUUCCUCCCCAGGAAUGGCCCGCGUAUUUCUGUC